CAAGAUUAGUAAUAUAUGGUUUUGGUAAUCCAUGGCAAUUUUUGUCGUCUACCAAGUAACCAUGUGAGUCUCACUGGACCACUUCUACCAACCUCUCUGCUGUCUCCUUCUGUGUUACAUUACUAAAUCACUACAAACUACCACCAGAUCGGCUGUUUUUUGCCAUUUUUAUCUCUCAUUAUCUCAAUCUGGAGAUGGGUUGUGGAGCCAUGCCUAAUUACUGAUUUGGGCUGAAGCUUCCAGAUGUUGUACCAUUGGAACAACAAUUAGAUCUGUUAAUGUGCUCUUGUUUCAGAUUUAGUCGGUGGAAGCUCCAAAUGGUGAAGGAGAUGAGCUUAGAUUGGAAUCCAUGGUCUCUUCGCAAGCACAACCAUGUAUUUGUUAAGAUAUCAGUCUCAUUUCUUCUUAUGGGUCUUGCUUUUCGUCUCUUCUUUUCUGAUUCGAUUGGCUUUUCAUCUGUCCCUGAAACACCGUUGUUAGAGAAAACAGAGACUCCUGAGAUUCCGGUCAAGAUCCUGCUUCCGCCUCCGUCUCCGUCUCCGUCUCCGUCUCCACCCCCUCCUUUGCCUCCGCCUACCCCGGAGAUUGAAGAGCACAAACCUUCUAAAGAAAAGUGUGAUAUUUUCACUGGAGAUUGGAUCCCAAACCCAUCAGGUCCGAUUUACACUAACGAAACCUGCAAUGUUAUCGAACAACAUCAGAAUUGCAUGACAAAUGGGCGCCCUGAUUCUGGGUAUCUAUACUGGAGGUGGAAUCCAAGAGAUUGCGAGUUACCUCCUUUUAAUCCAGAAAGAUUUUUUGAGCUAAUGAGGCAUAAAUCAUGGGCGUUCAUUGGAGAUUCAAUUUCUCGCAACCAUGUCCAGUCCUUGCUCUGCAUUCUUUCCAAGGUAGACAAAGCAGUUCAAGUCUACCAUGACAGGGAAUACAAAUCCAAAAGGUGGCACUUUCCCUCCUACAAUUUCACCCUCUCAGUGAUAUGGUCUCCUUUCCUUGUACAAGCCAUUACAUUUGAAGACAAUAAUGGUGUGUCAAAGUCUGACAUCGAGCUUUAUCUUGAUGAACUAGAUAAAAAAUGGACAGACCAAUAUCUGAGCUUUGAUUAUGUUGUCAUUGCUGGAGGCAAAUGGUUUCUCAAGACUGCAAUCUACUAUGAGAAUGAAACAAUCGUGGGCUGCCACUAUUGUCCUGGGAAGAACUUGACAGAGCUGGGAUUCGACUAUGCAUAUCGCAAAGUUCUUCAGCUGGUGCUUAACUUUUUCGUAACAUCCAAUCACAAGGGAUCCGUUCUGUUUAGGACCAGCACCCCAGACCACUUUGAGAAUGGAGAAUGGUUCAGCGGAGGGACUUGCAGUAGAACGUUACCUUUUAAAGAAGGUGAGAUUAAUAUGAGUGAUGUAGACGUUGUUUUUCGCAACAUUGAGUUAGAAGAAUAUGAGAAGGCAGUGGCUGCCUUGGGAUCCAAGGAGGAUUUGAAACUAAUGCUUAUGGACACUACCCGACUUUCUUUGCUCAGACCUGAUGGGCAUCCAGGACCUUACAGGCACCCACACCCAUUUGCGAGUGUCAAAAAUUCCAAAGUUCAGAAUGACUGCUUGCAUUGGUGCUUGCCUGGGCCUAUUGAUGCCUGGAAUGAUCUGGUGAUGGAAUUGGUGGUAAAUAGUUGAAGACCUAGCUAUGGAUCAUCGAUGAUGAAAAUUUAGUUCAGGCCUUGGCAUCUUCAGGUUUUUCGAGAUUCUCAGAUUCUGCAGAUGUUUCAUCAACAAGCUCAGGGAGUGAUUGAAAACUGCUACAUGAUGUGAAUACCUUCCAAAGGUUCUUUCUUGGGCUGUUUCUAUAUCAGCUGUGAUUUGUAUGUUGUAUUGUCAAUUGGGUGGGAAGGAAGGUCUAUUCAUUGUAAAUUUAAUUUUAAUUUUACUUGUAGUCUUGUUUGUCUGGAGAGAAACUUCCAACUUAGGAACUAUUCUUUUGUCACUUUA